UUCAGGUAUGGCGAACGUGGUACCGUGGCUGUUGUCGAUGUGCCUGCUUGGCCUCCAGCAGAUCGCAAUCCAAUCAGGAAGUAAUGCGCUUUCGCGCGAUCUUGAGACCACUGGUCAGAAAAACGUGCCUUCAGGCUUUCGCUCGUCUUUAAGGAAUUACAAAAUCCUGAUCUCGGGCCACGACGAGCUUCCCGGUCACAUAAACUGCGACUCGCCGAAACUCGAGGAGAACUUGCUGGAAAGAUUACCAACGACGCCGGUGUACAACAGUCAUCCGUACGGCUCGACGCCGGACUCGAGCGAAUAUUUUUCCAGACACUUGGAAAAAAAAAUCGGCUCGAGACUAUCAGGAAGGAACCUGCUCCGAACGGACGCGCAUUCGGUGAAUCAGCUAGAGUCUCACGGAUUUAAUUACGAUCCUGGUCGAGGUCAGAUCGAGGACGAUUACGUUGGACCCGCUAUGGAGUUGGUGUACGCGUGGUCGACGAUCGAUUAUACGUACGACAGCAUCGAGGCUCGUGAUUCGGCCAUUUACGACGGAGACUUCGUCGCGGAGAAUAACCUGCCGCUCGGGCUGGAGAUCUGGAGGGACAAGGUCUUCAUUACCCUUCCGAAAUGGAAAGAGGGCAUUCCGGCCACGUUGGCUACCGUGCCCAAACCCUCGAAGACGAAAAGCCCCAAACUGAGACCUUAUCCGGAUUGGAGCUGGCACCAGCCAGGGAACUGCGACGGGCUGACAUCCGUCUUCAGGGUCCAAGUGGACGAGUGCGAGCGUCUUUGGGUGCUAGACUCGGGGAAAGUGGACGUGGCGAAAGGAGCGAAACCGGCCUGCCCGCCAUCCAUAUUCAUCUUCGACCUGACGACCGACACUCUUGUCAGAAAGUACACGAUACCGAGCGACCAAGUGAAGGAGGAUUCCUUGUACACGAACAUCGUGGUGGACAUCAGGAACGAGGAUUGCGACUCGGCAGUAGCCUACGCCUCCGACGUGUUUCGUUACGGAUUGCUGGUGUACGACUUCCUCAACGACUCUUCCUUCAGGAUCCAACACCAUCUCUUCUACCCUGACCCGUUGGCCUCCAAGUACGAGCUCCACGGCGUCAAGUUCCAAUGGACGGACGGGAUUUUCGGCAUAGCGUUGAGCCCGGUGGACAUCCACGACGACAGGACCCUGUUCUUCCAUCCGAUGUCCAGCUUCCGGGAGUUCGCCGUCUCGACGUCGAUCCUGCGUGACAAGAGGACGGCCGAGGAGAACACGGACUACUUCAUGCCGAUCGGUAGGCCCCGAGCGAAGGACUACGGCCACUCGUCCGGCUCGGUGAUCGAUCGAAACGGAGUGAUGUUCUUCAACAUGGUGACCAGGGACUCCGUUUGGUGUUGGGACACCAGGAAGGAAUACAUCCCGCAGAAUCUCGGCGUGAUAGGCACCAGCAACUUGUCCCUGGUCUUCCCGAACGACAUCAAGGUCGAUCACGAGUACGAUCAGAACGUUUGGACCAUCUCGAAUAGGCUAGCCAUGUAUCUUUACGGCAGUAUCGACAGCAGCAAGGUUAAUUACAGAGUGUUCAAGGCUAACGCUCGAGAGGCUGUCAAAGACACGGUCUGCGACCCUAAUUACGUCGUGCCUGGCUCCGACCACGGUUACGACGAGAUCUGUUGAGGAUCACCCAGCGCGUUCGCUGACUAUCGACUGGCACAUUGCGUGUGGAUGCCAUCAUCUGAGUAAUCCUAUUCACAUCCAUGUACUUUCCAUUUUUUUGUCAAUUGUCUGGGUGAUACUAUCGAUGCGUAUUGUAAUUAUCUGAUCGUGAACGACUGAUGGAAAGAUUGUAUUUUUACAUUUUAACAGGUAGUAGGAACUGACCAAUUUUUGCAGCCGACUGGCGAUACAUACGAAUGUAUGUUUCAAAUUUUAUAUGUUGUUAGUAAAAUAUGUGCCCAAGAAAAAAAUCAUAAAACCGUUGUUUGUCGUGGGAUUUUACAGCACGUCUUUUAUAUGAGUAUUUGCAGAAAACAGAGUGCAUGAUUGAAAGUAUCUGUAAAACGCUAGAUUUUUCAGACGGAAGAGAAAUGUUAGCCAAAGCUUGAAACGAUUAUAGCACCAUUGAUUGACAGGAAAUUUCGCUUAAAAUGUUGUGCAUAUGACACAUGUCGCAGUGUUCUCAUUAAUACGUAGAAUGUUUUUUUUUUUUUUU